UAGACCUAUACUGGCUCCUUCUCCCGUCGUCGUCGUCGGCUGCUGUGCCUGUGUGUGUGUGUGUGUGUGUGUCUGUCUGUCUCUGUGUGUGUUGCUUGCUUGUCUUCGGCGUCAAUAAACGCGCGAGAGCGAGCUCCUCAGCAACUUCAACGUCCAGCGCCUUGUAACUUGAACCUAAUCCCUCUCAUUCAUGCUAUGGACGAGUGCCUGAAGCUCCUCCAGGGCACCAACGACGAGCAGCGUCUGGUAGGUCUCCUGCUGGCCACCAAAAUCGUCAAGGGCAACGACCUCCACGACGUGCGCCGCGUUUUCGACGCCAUCGGCUUCCCUUUCCUCAAUCGCUUGCUUCGAACUGGUACAGGGCAGGCAAGAGCAUCUGGUGGAGGGGAAGCAGUCGGACGCAAUGACAAAGAGCAGCAGCGGGCUUAUUUGCACUUGGCUCUCUCUAUUAUUUCUGCAUUUUGUCGUUUGCCGGAGUUUGCAGCGAUGGAUGAGACCAUCUGUAAAGUUCCCAUUCUUGUUGAAACUUUAUCAAGCAAGGAGGAUGAAGUCGCCGUUGGGGAUGCUUUGGAAUGCUUGCUAGCCAUAGGUGCAGGAUCAGACGCGGGACGAGAAUCUCUUCUGCAGAAGAACGUCUUAACUACAGUCGUACAUCGAUUGAACAUGGCAUCGCCAAAUGCAAAUUGGACACCUCUAGCAGUCAGGUUAAUAUUGUUUAUGUUUACUACAACGGGAGUUAUACAGGAGGCCAUGAUGUGCUCACAAGAACUGGCAACUAUGGUUCCCAUUGUAGCAAGACAGUUAGUUUUUCAGCAGGGUGUUUUCAAGUUUGAAGCACUGUCUCUUCUUCACUAUUUGCUUGCAUCAGAAUACUCGGCACCUAUUCGACUUGCUAUUCAGAACGCUUCUCUAAGUUCUGAUUGGCAUGCUAAUGUACGUUCCGGACUUGGAGUUAUUUUAAACAAUCGCGUGGUGGCAGAAAAGAGACAAUUGGCAUUGGAAGUCAUAGAGGCUAUUGUAGAAAUUAUUGGAGAGCCUUGGCUUUUGGGGCCAAUGGUUGUUCCUGAAGAUCAGAAGCCUGUUCCAUUAGACAGGUUCUUUAUGCUGGUGGUAGAGACUCUGAGGAUUGAGACUGCAGUACUCUUAAAUGAAGUUGCAAGGAAAAUGUUUGGUUCUGGAGGUCAAACUACUCAAGUGGCUGAGUCUGCUGGGAAGCAGCAAGGGCUGGCAACUUAUCUCGCACUCCUGGAGCACAUCGUCAAUGUUGUAGUUGAACAACAAGAUGCAUCAGGGAGGUUGAAGGAGUCUACGCUAGAAUUUGCGUUUGCUGCAUUAACCGAGGUUAUAGGUUUGAUUCUUGAGUUUCUUGAGGAUGCCCAGGAUAAUGAUGUUACAUGUGGAGACUUGCUCUUAGGUGUUGUUCGAUUGUUGGGAAGGUACUUGGCGGAAAAUCCCAUUGCUCACCGACAUUCUGUAUCCAAGCUACUCGCAUUCCUGCUCACUGUUACUAGAGAGGGACAAGAUGGGUCUUAUGAAGCCGUCUGCUUCAUGCUACCUGCAUUAUCCCAGAUUACCACAGAGCUUGAUGGUUGCAAAGCUUUGGUUUUUUGUGGAGGUCAUAAGCAGAUUGUUCAAUUUGUGCGUGUAGCAACAGAAACAGGCGGGUUAGAUUCGCGUGCUCCAAUAAUCGAUGCUUGUGACACACUUUUGAACCUCCUUAUUAAGCAAAAGGAUGGUUUAGGGAGUGCUAUCAAAGUUGCGGACUUCAUUCCUGCAUUGCCAUCUCUAGCCAACUGGGCAGUGCAAGGAAAGCAGGUGAUGGAGUGUGCGUUGGCGGCAAGUCUAUGCACUAUGGUUCUUGGGCUGACUAACGAAGAAGCUCUUUCACAAUACCCCGGGUUUGGUCCUGUUGGUCUGCAUACUGUUUUUAAAUUGAUAUUGAUGAAUCUGGAACGAUGCCAAAGGGCAGAGAGGUUAGAGGAACCGGCCGAAGAGGAAGAUUUAUGGGAUAUUAUUGUUACAGGAUGUUCACAAUAUAUGCAACGUUACCCAUCUUUCAAAAAUAUGAUCAAAGAUUCAGCUUGGCUACAACGCUUUUUGGGGAAACGACCUAUGACUGCAACAAUGGAGGAGGUGACAAGAAACCCUUCGCUACAGUUGUUGCUAACGAGCAUAUAUACCUCUUGAAAAUUCUUUCGAGACGGUAGGCGUCACAGCAUCGCGAAUGCAACGAGGGAGCUGACUCUUUUGUUCAGUUUAUGCUCAGUACGUUUUGUCUACAAUUUAAACAGACACUGGAUAAAUAUGUUGCUGUAUACAUAAGCGUUCAGAUUUUUUCUUUUCUUUAUUUAGGGUUGUAAAGAAAGCUGCAGCAGUAUCAUUGGCCUUCAUAACCUUUAUGAUGGCAGACCCGCAUGUUUAAAUCACACGAAUAUAGAUAUAGUUGAGAGUUCCUUUUUCUCGGACGUUACAGGGUAAUGUUGCAAACACAAACUGCUUGUUUUUUGGUCAAAACGUGCUUCAGCACUUGGUGCACUUGCUUCGGUGGCGUUCAAGCGUAUGAUACUGCAUAACAAUAUGAGUUACUGCAGACAAGCCGUAUGCAUAUAAAAUUCACUUCUGUUAUGAUUCACGGAGAAAUUGUUCUCUAUUGAAGAUUGUUCACAUCUUUGUUAAUGUUAAA